UGUAAUUGGUAACCCUGGAGAUAGUCUUCCUACAGCUGCGAACGGUCCAUGUCAGCAGCACUGACUGGUUGAGGGUCGACCUUAGAUGCAACCUCUUCCCAGUGACCGACUCCCUGUAGUCCCAGCUACCUAACAAGGAUGGACGGCAGGGAAUAUCGGCUAGCAACGUAAGGUCUAGGGUGUUGUUGCCCAGGAAGGACGCUUGGGCAUAGAGCUAGAAGCAAGGGGGGAAACCUGACAUGACAGCGCACCUCCAUCACACAGACAACAACGACGCCUGUCCCCGACUGGCAAACUGACAAAGGCCCGUUGUUUGUCUCCCUGCCAAAUCAACAGCCCAGAAAAUUCGUUUACUUUGACACCUAGCAACUGCUCCACCACUUUCAACCUUAGCACCCAAGACGGCAGGCCCCCAGGAAGCAAAGUGCGUGCAUCUUUUCACAGCAAUUCACAAACGUCAUAAACACUUCACGGUAAAUUCUGUGCACAGUACGUGUGCCUAUCCAUUGAGUACAAAGACCGUCCAUUCUUCUGCUGCAUUGGUCCACUGAACCCCAAACCCAAAGCAGUCCACUUCAAUCCCAUCCAUCCUUCUUCAAUCACACGACAGACAUUCACAAACACUUUGCGCCAACUUCGCAUCUUCCACAACACCUCUCCAGAACUGCAUCUCCAGCACCGCUCAACAUUGCUCAUUGCCCACACAGCAAAAACCAGCCAACACCUUAACCAUAUUCCAUCCUGUCAUCAGCCAAGAUGUCCCCCAACGUUCUCGCCGACAAGGACGUCAACGCCGCUGUCGUGGCCAACGAUCUCCAGGCUACCAAGGAUGUUAAGAGCAUGGAAUACCACCGCCAGGUCCUGCAAAGCAAGAUGGCUCAAGAGAAGUCUAAGACGUACAUUUCGCCCUCUGACAACAUCAUGAGCCCUUGCACCGCCAAGCUCAGCGCCCUGCGCAACAAGCAGGUUGGCAAGGUCAAGCCCAAGUCCCUUUUCGCCCAGACUUCAGCCAAAAAGCUCGGAGGCGGCGACUCGCCCUUCGGCAACCAGACAACAACCCCUACCAAGAACGGCAACAGCUUCUAGGCAUCGAAGUCGCAUUUUCUUCUAACCAAAACGACAAGAAAAGCAUUCACGAUAUUGGGAUGGGCUCGCGGGUUGUUUUCAUGGUUUUGCUUCUCUUCCACUGGGAGAUAUGAAUUUGCGCCUCCGCCUCGGACGGCUUCUUGGUCUCUUGUUUUUGGGGGAGGUAUGAUACUGGGGUUCAUCGGCGUUCUACGGGUAGACCACUGUCUUGCUCCAGGAUAAGGGAGUUGCUGUACACCAUGACGUGAUACGAAACGAUA